CUUUUAUAUCAAAUAUAUAAUAUGUAAACAUUAUAACAGUAUGUGGUACUGUGUGGUACAUUCAAUGUAAUACUCGGAAAUCGAUUGUUUGACAGGAAAUGGUCGUCAAAUCAUAUGUUAAUGAUUUAAAUAAGCUUCAAUAAGAAUUUCCCAUGGCAUUGUGUUUUUGAAAGAAUUUGGAUAAAAAACGGCAUAUAUUCUAUAAUAUUAGAUUUAAAAGUGUGAUUUUGUUACUUACAAACUCUGUGUCUAUGUUCUUCACACAAUCAAUUAACAUUUACUUACAUUCCACCGUUUUGAUAAGUGAAUACCAUUCAAAAUAAAUUACGUAUACGCUCCACGCUCCGUAGCUGGGAUACACACGAACACACAUACAUAUUACCACAUACCCACUACCAAUGGCUAUAAAAACAAAACCAACAAUGGCAACAAAGAUGACUCAAAAACAGCAAUGUAAACAAGAAGAAGAAGAUCAACAACAGCAACAUCAACAUCAACAAAAACAAAAUUCGAAUUAUUCACAUCGGUUGCAUCUUCAUUUGGGAACAACACCGUUUCAGCUGCAAACCAUUGCAAUUUCAAUGGUUGUUAUUAUUUUUGGAUUACUUUGUACUGCGAUUUGUGUCAGUGGGCAAGUUGAUGGCUACACAGCGGGCGUUGAUUAUCCUGCCUAUGAAUCGGUGCCCAAAGGACUUUCAUUCAAAUGCAGAAAUCGGCUGCCAGGUUAUUACGCUGACACGGAGACACGUUGUCAGGUCUGGCAUUGGUGCCUGCAUUCGGGUCAUCAAUAUUCAUUCAUAUGCCCCAACGGUACUGUUUUCAAUCAAGCUGUACGUGUAUGUGAUUGGUGGACGAAUGUCAAUUGCCCAGUGGCAGAACAAUUGUACAAAAACAACGAUGAACUAUACCGUACCACCGAACCGAAUCCCGAACAGAACCUCUGAUAUAAGGCCACUCAAGCCAUAAAUCAAACCAGUUUAUUGAGCCAGCCAAAACAAAAUUAUCAAUAUCAAACACAGCAACAGCAGCAGCAAGCGAAACAACAUCAACGACAGCAACAACUGCAGUAUGCACAACAACAACAAAGACAAAGAAGACCAAAAGAAUUUCAAAUGGAAGAUGCCUAUUAUGAUGCGCGUGAAAUUAAUGGCUUGAGUGAGCUAACCAUAUCAGAAUAUGGGCAAAAACAAAUGCGGUUCAAUAAACAACAACAACAGCAGCGCCAACCACAAUCACAACACCAGCAACAAUUACAGCAGAAUUCUUUGCUGACCACUCAUAAUUUACCAAAAAGUAGUUUUAGAGGCAACAUCAAAUACUCACAAAAUAAUGGCAAUACUUACUCGGAUGGCGGUAAUAAAUAUAGUAACAGCAAUAACAACAACAACAACAACCAUAAUUAUCAAUAUAAGAGCAAUAGCAGUAGUAGCAAUAAGAAUAAGAAUAACAUUGGUUAUAGUAUAUCAAAUCAAAUUGGUGGCACCAACGAUCGCAGCUUGAAUAGUCGAAAUCACAGCAACAAUAGCAAUAGCCACAGCCACAACAAUAAUGCACAGAGUAAGCAUAGUAGAAAUAAAAGCACAUCAACCAAUGCCAAUAAUCUGGAUAACGAUGAACUUAAAGACUACAAGAGUAAAAUCAAAAAUAAAUACAACAUCGACUAUGACCAUUCGCUGGAUGAUGAGUAUGAAAUAAUCGAGGCCAUCGAAUAAAUGUGUCGCUGCAAACGUUAGCUGAACUUGAUGAUCUUGCUUUGACGAUGUGACGAUGUAACGAUGGCGUUGGCGCUAGCGAUUAUUGGCGUGUCGGUAGCAAUUUUCAGCUGUUCGGACCCUUCAUGCUCCCAGUGUUCUCAAUUAGCUUUGUUUGUUAUAUACCUGAGUGGAUAUAGCUGAUAAGUUUUUACUUUGAGUAGUUUUUCACACGAAAUUCUUAUUUUGUUUUAUUGUGUUUUAUAUUUUUGUAUUUUUAUUGAUUGUUUUCCUGUUUAAAUGAUAAACUUUCUAGUUUUAAGUUGUAAAAAUUUUUUAUACUUGUUUUUUAUAUUUGUUGAAUAAUUAUUUU